UUAUUAUUAUUAUUAUUAUUAUUGAUAAGUCUUCUAAAUGAACACUCAAUUCAAUUUCCUAGCCGCUUCUAAUAACACCAGGCUAAUUUUACAUGGCAACUUGAACGCAAGAGAUAGUGGAGGAAAUUACUUGAAGAACGCUCUACCACGUUAUUAGUUUACUUACAGAAAAACCAGGAUAAUUAUGCAGUUUUAAGCAACCUUAGUCUUCUGGAAGUUUCUUGAAACGUACUACAUAUAGUAGCAGGAUAGGUAUAUAUCUAAUCAGAAACGUGGCGUGUGACUCUUUACUUACUAGAUGUUUUUUUGAAGCUUCUUUACUCCGUUGAUUAGAUUUCCCAGAGUUUUCUGGACUACUUAGACUUUUUAAAGAAACACUUAAAACACCCUGACAACCAUUGAUAAUACUAUUACUAUUAUUGUUUAUGAGAUAUCACUUCUAUAGAUUUUAUCUUUUUAAUCAAACUUUACUAUAUAUAUUAUCAAAGUUUUAGCAAGAAAUUCAAAUUGUUAUACCAACAGCCUGUCGUAUAAUAUAUUUGUUGUGCCAUCAUAGUGAAUAAAUGACUCAGAAUAAGCAAUAUGAUGAUCAUGGAACUGCUGCUCGCUGCCCUAAUGAAGAUUUUGCUGGUAACGUAAACCAGCAAGAACAGGUUUCUAGAAAGUCAACAGAGAUUCCUUUAUCAAACAGAUCCCUAAACAAAUUAAAAAUCCAUACGUACGGUCUCCUAAUUGUUGUGUAGCUCAUUCUACUUAUUUGCGUAUAAACAACAUAAAUUCUUUAGAGGUCAUUAAUAGGUUUUGCCCAUAAUAUGAAGCACCCCAAGUUGAAAAAGUCGAAACUCUUAUUGAUUUAUUUCUGUACAUUGAAAACAAAAAAACACCUUAAACGUUCCUGUUUUUAGAGUGUAAACUGCUUUAUAUAUGUAGAUCAAAUUGAAAUGAUAAGAUUGCCCUUAAAAAUAGUACGCAGCUACUUUUUAACAUGCUAUUUAUUCAACUGCACACCUAUUUCAACUAGUAACACUACCCAUCUAUUUUAACCAUACUAAGUGGAAAAAGAAUCGCACCUACAACCUAAUAAUAAAACUCUGGCGGAUUUAAUUUACAGACUAUCGUUUCAUUCUGAUCAUUGUAUCCAUCUCAUAGUUUGAGUGGGUGCUGACUUUCUAGUCCCCAUACGUAAAACCAAAACACUAUUGUAGGGUAUUAAAUGAUUGCAAAUAGAAUUUAUACGAAAUAGCUAAACGAAUAACGUCACUAGGCUAUGUGGUCACAGAGUCAUUUAACAAAGUUUGUAUGAAUAAAUUUAGAAUCCAUCAAGUGGAUAAACUUCUAAAGUACACAGAAGUAGUUACUUGUCAAAGAAGAAACCUAUUCAUGAAAAACAACAGAUGCAAUUCUUUCAGUUAAGAAUGAAAUAGUUCAAUCGUGCACACAGAAAACCAAUAAGUAAUACAACUGUUAUGCAAUCAAAUUACAUUGAAUCAAGCAACUAAACUUUUAAAGAGUAUAAUGUAAUUACUUUACGAGGUAAAAAUGUGCUUCAAAUAAUCUAUGGAAUUAAUGUUACCGUUAAACCUCAACCCAGUUCAAACAACAACAAUCAGAAUCCAAAUAAGUAAUUUAGGAUUCGCCAGGUUCCUAAGUCAAUUGGGACAAAAUAGCACAAUCUGGAAAAGUCACGUCUAUAGAGUUAUACUCGAAGAAAAUCACUAUUGCAAGUAAAACGACUAACAACAGUCCUAUCUGGUGUCAAAAAAUAAGCAGAAUAUGCAAAUGAAGGUAUCGAAAAUAAUAAAAAUUUGCAUUUAAGGAUAAGACAAAGUAUUAUUAUUUCAUUUACUGUAUCCUUGCAGGAAUUUUUACAAAAUAAACGCACAAAAUGUAUCUUACAAUGUGUGAUAGCCGGUGCUACUGCGGAUAAUGAUGACUAUUGAUAGAUAGACAUAUGGUAAAAUUUCUUGGGUAAUUUCAUAUUGGAUGAUGGAAUAAAAUUAAUGGAUUAUGUCUUUUCCUACUACUAGUCAAUUAUUCCAAUCCCCCUUUAAUAAACACAAUUUAAUGACAUUUCAUUGAAAAAAGCAUUCAUAAUUCUUUUUCUGGUUUAUCAUCAUCAAAUUCAUAUUCUGUUUUCUUUUUCCAAACUGUGUGACUACUUACUGCCUUGGACACACACACGCACACACUAGUAAUCUACAUUACAUUCUAUUCUGUUUUCUUAUUUCUCUUGAAAAAGAGAUUACUAUUUAUCAGUAUGUAGAACAUACAUGUUAGGGACCAUUGUUUAAUCGGUAUUCAUAUCUAUAUUAUAAACUUCUUUACUGCUCUGUUGGGUGUCAUUUGUUCAUUCAAUUGAUUUCAUCCACUACAUAACGUGCCCUAUUAUUAUUACUUUUACUAGUCAUGUGUUCUGCAUUCAUUCACGUGAUAAUAUCUUAGUUAAACCCACCAUAUAUCUGAUUUGAGUUGGUUUUAUAUUUAUUAUGAUAGAGACAGAAAAAUUACUGUUAUGCUUUUUAGGUGUUCGUACAUGUGUGUGUAAUUAAAUCAGUUUAAUAUAUUUUGAUUAAUGACUUUGCUCGUGAAACAAUGUAGGAACCAACAACAAAAAACCCAACAAUGCUUUAGUCAAAGUUGUCAAAUGUUCUAAACAGAAAAACAAUAGGCUAAUGUAAUGCUAUUUCUUUCUUUAAUACUGAUUUAUUCAAAAAGAUUCCUAUUGAAAAACAAACACAAAAUACUCACUAAUUUGAUAGAUAUGUGUUAAAUAAUAAUUUCGUUUUAGUUUCUUUACUGUUUCACGUUUUAAAAUUCUAAAUAUCUUGCCGUAGUCAUAACGUUGAUAGGUCUUUCUUAAACAUACCUUUAUUAGCAUUUAGCAAAUUGAUUUAGAUUUUUAUUUUUGUGUGAUAUCAUUAUUACCCAUUCAUUCGAUUACCCACCGAGAUUUGAUAUGUUAGCGUUAAAUGUAUUACUUGGUUGUUUAAUCAGAAGCAGAUGAAGUGGAUUUUUAUUGUCACUGUAUACUUGAAGAUUGUAUGUGUAUAUCUUUGUUAUUUCAAUAUCACGCUCCCUAUGGUUCAUCCGCGUCUUUUUUGUUACAUUAUUUUAUUUAUUAACUAAUCUAACAAGUUCAGAUUCAUGUACUUGACUUCGAAUCACACUCCUACUGUCAAAGCUAGUGAUAUACUAUCCUAUUGAUCAACUCAAAACAGGGGAGGCCAGGUUCUGAUAUGUGAUUUAGUGGCUGUAAUUCACAUUGCCUAAUCAUUGAACAACCAGUCAAAAGCAUUUGACAUUUGGAACAAUCUAUACUUCUUUUCAUGUUUGUGAACUGUUCAUUUUUAAUACUACAUCUUUUAACUUAAUGCUGCUAUCACUUCACUUAUCACUGCUCAUCAACGUCUACAACAUGUAUCAACCGUAUGCCCACACUUUUAAGUUCAAAAUAAUUUCAAAAUCUCAUCCUCAUGAAUAAUCUAUUGUAGUAAAUCAAUUUAUUGUUUUAUAUGCUGGCAAUGGUUAUACGUCGUUACAUAUGGCAGCUAAACAAAAUCAUUUAGAUAUUGCUACGCUUUUAUUGGCUCAUGAAUCUGACCAAAUACAAAUCGCAAAUUCAUCAUCACGUAGUGGAUUUACACCAUUACAUUUAGCUGCACAAGAAGGUCAUACUGAUAUGGUUUCAUUACUACUACAACAUGGAGCUGAUCCAAAUCAUCAGUCGAAAAAUGGUCUUGCACCACUACAUUUAGCCGCUCAAGAAGAUCACGUGUCAGUAGCACAAAUUCUAAAAUCGGCUGGUGCUAAAAUUAGCCCUCUAACUAGAGCUGGUUACAGUCCGUUGCAUACAGCAUGUCAUUUUGGACAAAUUAACAUGAUACGCUACUUAUUAGAUUUACCAGAUGCGCCAGAUAUUAAUCAACGAACACAAAUGGGUUUUACUCCAUUACAUUUAGCUACACAACAAGGUCAUUCACAAGUGGUUCGUUUACUCUUAGAAAUGGGUGCUGACAGUAAUGUUAGAAAUCAGCAAGGUCUGACACCAGCACAUAUAGCACGUAAACAGCAUUAUGUUACAAUAUUUGAUAUUUUAAAAACUGUCACUACAACUGUAGUCAGUUGGGAGGAGGAACAUGAAGAACUGGAUCAAACGCUAAUGUUAGAACAUCCAGAUUUUAUGCGUGAACAUCCAUUUACAGAAUUAGAUGAAGAUGGUGUUGCACCUUCACCAUCAAUUUCACAUCGGUUGUCAUCAUCUGAUAAGAAGAUGAAAUCAAAUGAAGAUGAUCAUUAUUAUUCAUCUGAUGUUACAGAACAAAAGCAUCAUACUGGUUUAUUCAAUUCAGCUUUUGACAGUACAAUAUUAGCUGAAACAGAGAAUGAUGAUAUUUGGGGCCAAAUGGAGUAUAUGCAUUCCACUUUGAGUCCUCAAGGUACACUUUCGGAUCGUAUAACUAGUCAAAAGGGUGAUGAGAAUACAAAUGAAUUUAUCGCUACUCAAACUAGUUCUAUCUUGGAAACUGCUUCCCCAAAAUCUGUGCAUAAUACUGAAGUUCAAAUGUUCGGAGAAUGUGGUCAACCUGAUGGUGAUUGGGAUUUGGAAGCAGACAAUAUGGCAGUUAUUAAGAAACCAAUUAGUACAGGAUUUUUAGUUUCAUUCAUUGCGGAUGCUCGUGGUGGUCUAAUUCAAGCAAGACGUUAUCCUGAUCUUAGGAUAUUUAUUCCUCCAAAUGUUAUCAAUGGUCCACUUCGUAUUGUUUGUCGUCUAGUUCAUCCUGAUCGUAUGAAUUCACCUCCUAUUAUGAAUGAUGGUGAUGGUUUAGCUUGCCGGUUACUAGAAAUUGGACCCCCUGGUAUACGAUUCGCUUCACCUAUUCUCUUAGAAAUACCACAUUAUGCUUUUUUAAAUGGGAAAAAUCGUGAGAUUGUUAUCCUCCGUUCAGAUAAUGGUGAAACAUGGAAAGAGCAUCUAUUGGAUGCUACAGAUCAAGCUGUUCAAGACACUUUGGAUGGACAUUUUGAUUAUGCUGGAUCACUUGAAGAACUACGUGCUAAGUCAAUACAUCGUAUUUUAACAUAUGAUCUACCACAAUAUUUUGCACUUAUUACGCGUAUUAAGCAAGAAUUAAUUUUAAUUGGUCCAGAAGGUGGUACAUUAACAUCUACAGUUGUACCAGACGUACAUGUUCGCUUUCCUCAAGGUGCUUUACAAAAACGUAUACGUGUUGGUUUACAAGUACAUCCAGUUGAUCAUGAACUUGUAACUAGAAUGCUUGGUCCACGUGUCUCUGUAUCACCGAUUGUAACAAUCGAACCACGCCGACGUAAAUUUCAUAAACCAAUCACCUUGACUAUACCAUUACCAAAAACAGCUAUAUCAUUCUUUAGCGGUGUUGCUGACACUAAAUCUCGUUCAACUAUUGAUUCACCCAGUCUUCGAUUACUGUGUUCGAUUGCGGGUGGGACAUCACCAGCUGUUUGGGAGGAUAUCACUGGUAGUUCUCCGUUAACUGUACACGAUCUUUCUGUUUCAUUUACAUCUACGGUAUCUGCAAGAUUAUGGCUUGUAGAUUGUCCUAAUAUUACUGAAGUUGUUGAAUUAGCCAGUCGUGUUUAUCAUGAAUCAUUAGCAGUGCCUUAUAUCGGGCAAUUUGUAGUGUAUGCUCGUAGAUUUCACCCUGAAGAAGCUCAGCUACGUUGUCUUUGCCUUACUGAUGAUUCAGCAGAGAAAACACUUGAAUUACAAGAAGGAUUUCAACUAAUAGCCAAUGGACCAUGUAUUGAGGUUCUUGAUGACCAUCCACAUUGGAUUGAAACAGCUGGUAACUUAGUACCUGUUGCUAAAACUGAAGAACAAUUACAGUUGGGAAUGCAUGCGUUUCGUGAGAAUCGUUUAAACAUGAUUGUACGUGUGAAAGAUUUAUCACAACCAGCUGUUGGAAAAUUAGCGUUUAUGCGUCAUCCUCGAGCUGUACUACAAUCUGCUGGGUCACCAGUAAAACCGGCAACAGUUCUGGAAGCUAAAUUACCAGAUGAACUUACUGAUUACAGGACUGGUGGUGUAUUAAAAACAACUGAUAUUGAUGAUAUGCCAUCUUAUAUUCCAGAAUACAAUCAAAAUGGUGAUCAAUACACCACAUACAAUGAAUCGUUACCGCAAACAUGGUCAAAACCAGUCGAACAUUACGAUGAGCCAUUAGCGAAAUCUGAGCUUGAUUUACGACAAGUUGCUUAUCAUUUAAAAUCGGAUUGGAGAAUAUUAGCUCAAUGUUUAGGCUUGUCUGAUGAGGAUCAGUAUAAUAUUACUUCUUUGCCUAAUCGUCCUGAAGAAGAAUAUGCAUAUACUAGUUUAUUGUUGUGGCAAGAACGUAAUGGGAAUGAGUUAACUUCAGGUACACAACUUGCUGAAGCAUUACAAGCUAUCGGUCGUAAAGAUAUACUGGAAUAUUGUAUGACUAACAUUUCGCCUGUAAUAACAGCUGAUGAACGGGUUACUGCUUUACGUUCAUUGAAUGCCGUUUCGCCCAAUUUAAAUGUUAAUCGUGAAAGUCGAUCCCAUUCAAAAAAUGGCGGUGGUGGUUUAAGUGAAUCAGUUGAUACAGGUUAUGGCACACAGACCGGAUCUACUACACUAAUACCAACAACACCAGUGAUUACAAAAACAAUGUCGUCAACAAUUCAUACACUACCCCAUUUAAGCAAUGUAGAUAAUUCUAAACAAUCUGAGAAAGAAGUGGAGCAAGAAAUAAUACAACCAGUUACUGUGACCACUGGUCGAAAAUAUUCAGGGUCAUCACCAUAUGUGGGAAAAUCUAUUACUGAUGUUGUUCCCGGAGACAAAUAUGAUGUAUUAAAAGGGGUUGAAAAUAUUCUGGUUGAUAGUCAACCUUCAUUGACUAUAGAAGAAGAUGAUAAAAUAAAUUCCACUUCUACUGGACCUCCAGUCAAUGAAGAAAUGGUUGUUCCUAUUCAAAGCAAUCGCAUUGGACAACUAAGUCGUACAGACGAUAUGAUUAAUAGUAGUAAUAAUAUUCAUAAACAAAUUGAGAAAGAUAGUGAUUUAUCAAACAUUUAUCCAGAUGUCUCCAUUUAUGUGGAAUCAGAUUUAUCUCAUGAUACAGAAAGGCAAAUUUUCAUUAAACAGCACAAACAGUUAUUCAGUGAUUCAUUAUCUCAUCCUUACUGUGAGAAAUCGACUGACAAUGUACAGUCGAUUGUAAAUAAAUCAUUCGUUGAUAAAGCAGAUAAUGAACAAGCUCCAGAUGAUCAUUCUUAUGAAUCAUGUGAACAGGAAAUUUGUUCACAUCACUAUCAAAGAUGUGGUGAACUUGAAGCUACAUGGGGUAAAGGUGCAGAUCAAGAUGUUCCAUCUUGUGAUACUAGUAGAUUUCAUGUAGAUAAAACACAUGAAAAACAAGUUUGUAAAACCGUAUUAGAUGGAUCAAAUGAAGAGAAGAUUUGUGCGCAUCACUAUCAAAGAUGUGGUGAACUUGAAGCUACAUGGGGUAAAGGUGCUGAUAGUGAUAUACCAUUUGGUAGUACUACUAGCAAAUUAAAAACUAGUGAAAAAGAUGAAGAAAUGUUGCCAAUUGCACAGGGUAUUGUACCGUCUGAGCAGUCAACGUACACACGUCAGUUGUCUGACGAAACCGAAACUACAGCAAGUAAAUCUAAACCAGCAAAUACAUUUUCGAUUGAAGAUGCAAUGCAGCAAUCAUCAUCAUCGUCACAAGAGAAAUUAACAAAAACAAUCAUUUCAAAACACACAAAAUCAGAUAAAGAUGAUAAUAUUAUUCAAAGUAAUGUGAAAAAAGACAUAAAAUCCAAUCAGAAUUAUUAUGAUCAUUCAGCUAAACUAAACGAUGACAUUUAUGAAUUUCCUGAUAGAGUAAUUGUAAUACCACAAAUGGAACCCGUCGAUUCGACAGAAAUAUUAUUAGAUGAAACUUAUUAUAAUAAUAUGUUAGGUGAUUUACUACAGGGUCGUUCAAUAUUAGAACCAUUGACACCUAUACCGGAAAUAUCUGAAUAUUCGACAAGAUCGUCUGUAUCUAGUAUAAACCCAUCGAAAAGUUGGCAAAGUAGUGAUUUAAGUCCUUCGGAAUCGAUUGAAAUUCGUCCUGGUGGUGUUAUUGGCGGUAGUACUGCCACUAAUGUAUCACGUCGUCUAUUGCAUCCGUUCUUACAUUCAAAUCGUACAUCACAUGAAUCAUUCAGUGGUCCACAAAAAUCAUUCAAAAAUCCAGCUCUCUCUGUACAUAGUAUAUCAUCUAUUCAUUCUGAACCAGACCGUAUUCGACGUUCAUAUGAAACACAUUCUAUGGAAUCUCCAGGUCAGGAUUGUUAUAUGGAUUUAUCUAGUUCAUUACGUACACAUAGCAGUCGUUCAUCAUCGUUAGCCGAAUUUUUACGUUUGGAAACAUCUUGUGAUGGUAGUCGUGGUGAUCUGUGUGUCGAUGUUGAUAAUGAUGAUGAUAAACGACUUUGUGAACAUGAUCAAAGCUUACAUGAUCUUAUUCAAAGUAUACAAGAAUUACAAAAACAGCAUUUAGAUGAAUCAACGGGUUUAAUUACACCAUUAAGUGGUGAUGAGGAUAGCUCUAGUAGUCGUUUAGCUAUUGGCUCCAGUGAUAUUGAUCGUCAAAUAGGUGAAUCAAUUAGAAAUGUAGAAUUAGAGUCAUCGGUGCCAUUAUUAUCUGCUUCUUCUUUACCCCAAGUUAAUACUACAUCUAAAUCAGAGAUGCAACAAUUACUACAACCAAUAUAUAUGAGUAGUUCUAGUUUAAGCUCUUCGGCACCACAGCCAUCACCACCAACAACAACGACAGCAAAAUUGCCUGUGGGUAUCAUCUGUACAGUUAAUCCGUAUUUCUAACAAUUAGUCUAUUACUGUUUAUUCAUCAAUCUGUAAAAUGUUUUAACCAUAAACUUGAUGUAUUAGGCUAACAAACUGCUUGCUACUUAUGGUUGUUGUAAUGUUUGACCUAUACAUACUAAUGUAUUUAGUAUUUUUUCUCUCUAUUCGUUUUCUUCAUCAUGUAAGUAACAGUGAUUAUCUAUUUUGCGGUGUUUGUUUUGCCAAUCAGUAUACGAUUGUUUACAUUGUUCCUACGAUUUUUAAUUUUUAUUAUCAACACUGCUUGAGUUCACAGUUAUAUUGCUAGAUAGAUAUGUUGACUAGACUUCUCUGAAGUUCAGUGAAGAACCCACUGGAACUUAUUAUGUGUUAACUGCUUUGCACUAAUUCAUAUUUCAUUAGCUCAUACUGGAAACUUUCAGUUCAACAUUAAUAAGCACGUUAUUGUUGAAUCAUUUGGUAAAAACUAACUCCGUGUCUAAAAACACUACUAUCAUAUUAUCAAUACAACCAACUUUAACUGAGUAAUUAAUCCACGAAUUUCCAUCAUUCCUCUUUGAAACCAUCCAACCAAUGUUGAUACUACUGAAGUAUCAUUCGAUAUGAAGAUGUAUUAGGUUCUUAAGAUCCGUUAAUUUGUGUAGAUUGUUCUAAACUAAUUGAAAAUAUCUAUUAACGACUGACUAUAAUGCACUAUUUUAUGUACAAAUAAGAUCUAUCUUCGAUAUCAGUUACAAGAAUAAAUCUGGUUACCAGGUUUGAUUUUAUUUAUUUUUACAAAGUUUAUCACUAUUUGUAGCAUUCUGCUGCUGGGGUUAUUAUUAUUACUUGUCCCAAUCUGUUCAAGGUACUUGAUACUAACAUUGUUUUCAUAAAAUUCUCACUUGCGUCAAUCCUCUUUUUAGAAUAAUCAUGAUUGCUUUGUCAUGGAUUUAACUUUUCUUAAAAAUAGGAAGUAUUUUUUUUAAUGUUACAUGAAAAGAGAGUUCUCCGCGUUUGUGAUGCUAGGUAGUCGACAGAAAACCGUUGAGCUAGGUUUCGUGCUAACUGACACGCGUCAGCAAGGUGUACCUGUUUAUCCUGAUGGAUUAGAACCUGCGUCACUCAGUUUCAGUAUUUAAAGUUGCCACUGAGUUAUUCUGCCCGUGACUGACCUAUCGACUAGUGUCUAUAAUGUAACAACCGAAUCCGAUUAGGGCUGAAGGACUAGAACAAUAUAACAUUGGUCACUUCUCAGCAAUCGCUCAGUUGUUUUCAGAUUGUCUUUUGCAAAGUUUUAAAAAUAGAAGGUUAAUCGACUGGCUAAGUCUCAUUUGAACUAUGUUAUUGUUAGUGUUCAUUAGCGGGUUAGGUGGAUUUCAUAGUGUUUGUUUUACAUACAUGGGUGGAAAUCUCAUCAUGAGCAACAGUUCAGUUACUAUUUAUACUUCCCUCUGAGCUACAAAUUGUUCACUAAUAUUGCUAUACUAAUGUUAUGUUUACUUAUUUAACAUUUUUAAGUUAUAUUAUAUUUGAAAUUUUAGUGUUUAGUAUUAAUCUGUACUCAUAUAUGUAGUCGCAUGUUAUUUUGACAAAUAUUUAUACAAAAGCAUGUAUUUGUUGCAGAAAAUAAGCUAGACGUGUUUAAGGUUUUAUGCAGAUGUAUAUAUUUCAAUAAGUUUUCUCAGCAGGAUCUUUCGUAUACAGUUCAUUGACACGUCUUGUAUUAACACAGUUGAGACCCCUUAUGUCUGUCUUUUGAACAUUCAUACUAAGGUCUAAAUAAUUGACUGCUUUCCUUUCGUCUGACGGUUACCUACUUACUGCUGUUACCCGUCGUGGAAUAGCGUACGUUGCCCAUCAUGAUUCUCCUUGGGACUCUGUCCUGAACAAUCCUUUCUAGUUGUUGUCAAGUAUUCGUUCUCCAUAUGUCUACCUCCAAUUAUUGCUACAAUGUGUUCUUUGGUGUGCCUCAUUUCUUUUGGUCCUCAGAACUCCAAGUUAUGGCUUGCCUCAUUAUGCAAUUUGUUGGUUUCCUCAAUGUAUGUUCUGCCCACCUCUAGCGUCUUUUCCUAAUUUCCUCUUCAGCUAGAAGUUGGUUAGUUCUUUCUCACAGUACGUUGUUACUGAUGAUAUCCGACCAACCGACCUGGAGUAUCUGGCUUAGAAAACUGCUUAUAAAUACUUGCACUUUUUCGAUUAUGGUUGUAAUAGUUCUCCGAAAUUCAUCCCCAUACAAUAGAACUGUCUUGACGUUUUUAUUAAAGAUUCUGACUUUGAUGUUGACUGACAGUUGUUUUGAGUUCCAUAAUUCAUCUAAUAGUACCUAGUUCUUAAUAAUAUACCAACUUCACGGAGAUUAGACAAUAGUAACUUUGCCUUGUUUAAUCGUUAUCAUUUAAUCACAAGACUGAUUUGUUUUUACUUUUUUCAUCAACAUCUUCAUAAUUUUAUGAAGUAAUAUUAUGUAAUAAUUCUUUCCCUUGUUUUUUUUCAUUCCUAUCCGAAUAUAUUUAGGUGAGUGAAUGACUUGAGGAGU